AUGGCUUUGACUUCGUGGAAAACAUUCAACUUCUUCGACGUCUCCCCUGUCUCAUUGCCGGAUGGCGAUAGCUCCAUCUUCAAUAGUGAUAUAAGCAGCAUCUGCACUGGCUCCGAGAACCUCUUCCUCGGCACAUCCGAUGGCACCGUCCAUAUCCUGUCGCAGACCUUCAAGGUCCUGCGCACCUUCAAAGCACACGACACAGGCUCCAUUAUGCACAUGAGACAGGUCGACGCAACAUCGCUGAUCGUCACCAUCUCAGAGGACCUGCUAAACGACCCCGUCCUAAAGGUGUGGGCGUUGGAUAAGGAAGACAAGAAAACGGGAUCGCCUAGAUGUUUGUCGACGGUCCAAGUGCAGAAUGGCCGGAGGCAGUUUCCUGUAUCCGCCUUUGUCGUCCUACCAGAUUUAUCCCAGCUCGCCGUCGGCUUCGCCAAUGGCUCCGUCACCGUGAUCCGUGGCGACCUAAUCCACGACCGAGGCGCAAAACAACGCACCGUCUUUGAAUCCGAAGAACCAAUCACCGGCCUGGAAAUCCAGCACGGGCCCGCCACGACCCUAUACAUCGCCACGACGGGCCGGAUACUCACCCUCGUCGUCGCGGGUAAGGGGCAGGGCCAGCCCGCCCGCACGCUCGAGGACAUAGGUUGUGGCGUGGGUUGUAUGACCAUUGAUCACGGCACUGGCGAUAUUAUCAUCGCACGCGAAGAUGCGAUUUACACGUACGGCCCGUCCGGUGGUCGAGGGCCUAGUCUUGCCUUUGAGAGUCCGAAGACGUCCGUAAAUGCGUUCAGGGAUUAUAUAGCGCUCGUUUGUCUGCCUAGGCCUGCGCUGCCGAAGUCUUCUGAUACUUUCCGACGGUUUGGAGCAGGUGACCAGAGCGAGGAUAUCUUGACGACGUCGACGUUUACGAUAUUGGAGCCAGAUUUGAAAUUUGUUGCUCACUCUGAGUCGUUGGCGUCGAGGGUGAAAUAUGUAUUUGUGGAAUGGGGUGAUUUGUUUAUUGUUACUGUGGAUGGGACCGUUUACCGAUACCGUGAAAAGACCCUCCAACAGAAGCUGGAGUUAUUGUACCAGCGAAACCUUUACAUCCUAGCUAUCAAUCUUGCUCAGAAAGCUGGGAUUGAUACACUGCAGCAAAAUAUCAUCUUCCGCAAAUACGGCGACUACCUAUAUCAGAAAGGGGAUUAUGAUACUGCAAUGCAACAAUAUCUGCGUGCAAUUGACAACACAGAGCCGUCCCAGGUUAUUCGAAAGUUCCUAGAUACCCAACGAAUUCACAACCUCAUAGAAUAUCUCGAAGAACUCCAUGACCAUGAAAAGGCGACAGCCGAUCAUACAACAUUGCUCUUAAACUGUUAUGCGAAAUUGAAGGACACUACCAAGCUCGAUUCGUUCAUCAAAGCUCCCGGUGAACUGAAAUUUGACCUCGAGACUGCGAUCGCGAUGUGCCGACAGGGCGGCUAUUACGAACAAGCUGCAUACUUAGCAACAAAACAUAACGAGAAUGACAUGGUGAUCGAUAUUUUGAUUGAAGACUCUCGGAAAUAUGAAGAGGCACUGAAGUACAUAUGGAGUCUGGAGCCCGAUACGGCAUAUCCAAACCUCAUGAAAUACGCCCGUGUCCUUCUAGGCCAUUGCCCGCAGGAGACCACAAAGCUUUUUAUCGAGUAUUAUACGGGCCACUUCCGACCCCGGCGCGAAACGGACGAGCGACCUGCACAAAAACCCCAACCACAGGCAGGAGGCGCCAUCCAGAACCUUACCUCCUUCAUUCCAUUACCAGGGGCCCAGGGGCCAAAAGCGCCGGCUGCCGAGCCUCAAUUAGCCCCAGAGCUCGAAUCACCGACUGAAUAUGACAUACCGAAACCGCGCAGUGCGUUUUCAGCAUUCGUCGAUCAGCCGCAGAAGUUCAUAGAAUUUCUCGAAGCGUUGAUCAAGCAGGAUGAUCUGAGGGAGGAGGAUCGGGUGGAUCUGUAUACGACUUUGUUUGAGAUGUAUCUGGAUACGGCGAAGCGUGCGAAGGGGGAUGGUGAGAGGGUGGAGUGGGAAGGGAAGGCGAAGAAGCUCAUUAAGGGGAAGGAUAUUCCCGUAUCGACUUCGAAUGUCUUAUUACUCUCCGACCUCUCGAAUUUCCGGGAGGGGACAACAUUAGUCCAAGAACAACAAGGCUUAUGCUCGGAUAUAUUCCGCUCCUAUACCUCUGCCAAAGACACCGCUGGCGUCAUCAAGGCGCUAAGGAAAUAUGGCCCGCAAGAACCACAAUUAUACAUCGACGCACUCACGUACUUCUCGUCUAGUCCGAAGAUACUCGAAGAAGCCGGUGACGAACUGUAUGAGGUUCUUAGAAAGAUCGAUAAAGACGGGCUCAUGGCGCCGCUGCAGGUGAUUCAGGCACUGAGCAACAAUGCGGUGGUGACAAUGGGGAUGAUAAAGAAGUAUCUCAGCGAUAAUAUCGAGAGGGAGCGGAAGGAGAUUGCAAAUAACCGCCACCUAAUAUCCAGCUACGCCGCCGACACCGAAGCAAAGCAAAAAGAAAUCGACGAACUAGGCACCAAACCCUUCGUCUUCCAAGCGCGCAGCUGCGCUUCAUGUCACGAUAGACUAGACCUCCCCACCCUGCAUUUCCUCUGCAAACACUCGUUCCACCAACGGUGUCUUAACAGGGUUGACGAGGACGCCGAGUGUCCCGUGUGUGCGCCGCAGAAUGCGACUAUUCGAGCCAUCCGUGAAAGGCAGAUUAAGUCUGCUGACCAGCAUGAUCUGUUUAAGAGUGAGUUGCAGCGGAGUCGGGACCGGUUUGGGACUGUCAGUGAGUUUUUUGGGAGAGGUGUAAUGAGGGGGAAUAAUGCGGAGUAG